AUGCCUGCCGUGCAAUUGAGUGACGAUUUAAAUGUUGCCGAUUCAUCGGUUAUGCCCAAGAACGAAGAAAUCAGUCCUACAUUUUCUAAUUCUACAGCAAUUAGUGAAAAUGAUUCAGAAAAUAACGGUAAAAAUGAUAGCAAAGCUUCCAAAUGUUUAGACGAACCAAAAGAUGAAUGGAUUGAUAUUCUUGGAAAUGGACAAUUAAAAUUAAAAACUAUUAAACAAGGAGAACCGGAUUCUAGACCUCAAGCCAAUGAUAUAUGCGAAAUUAGACUUUUAGGAAAAUUAAACGAUGGGAAAAUUGUUGAAAAUUUUGACUCCUUAAAAAUUGAGUUGGGUUCCCAUGAGGUAGUACAAGGUGUAGAAUUAGCAGUUCCUUUAAUGAAUGUGGGAGAAGAAGCAAUAGUUGUCGUAUCUCCUAGGUUCGGAUAUGGUUCAGUCGGGAAUUUGCCUAAAAUCCCUCCUAAUGCCACAAUCACAUAUGAGGUAACCUUGGUAAAUGUGUUACCUGAGCCUAAUUUGGAAAAAAUCUCAUUCACAAAAAGAAAAAUAUUAGCUAAUAACAAAAAAGAAAGGGGUAAUUGGUGGUAUUCUCGUCAAGAUGCCACCAAAGCUACUCAAUGUUAUAGAAAAGCAUUAAAUAUGUUAGAUGAAACUAUACCAUUCUGUGAAGAGGAUGAAAGUACGAUAAAUUACACAGAUGAUCAAGUUAAAGAAAUAAUUGAACAAAAAUUAGUCAUAUAUAACAAUUUAGCCGCUGCUCAAUUAAUGUUAGAAGCAUAUGAAUCUGCCUUAAUGUCUGUUAAUAGAGUUCUUCAAUGUGAUUCGAAAAAUGUUAAAGCAUUAUUUAGAAAAGGAAAAAUAUUAGCUGCCAAAGGUGAAAUAAAUAAAGCAGUGGAAGUUUUAAGGCAAGCAUAUUUAUUAGAACCUGAAAACAGUGCUAUUAAAAUGGAAUUGAGUCGCUGCGUCAAACUGCAACAAACAGAAAAACAACAUGAAAAAAAAUUAUACAGAAAAAUGUUUGGACAAGAAAAAAAUGAUGGAAAAUUUGACAAAAAUUCUAAGCUAUGUAAAAUCAUUCCGAAAGUAACUAAACUAUUUUUAUUAAAUUUAUAUAUUUUUAGAAAAACUAUACCUCAUGGACGAAAAUGCUAG